UACUUUUUAUGGAUUGCAAGUAGAUCCCAUGCAAUGUUUUAUCCAUGAUAUGGAUUUUGUGUCCUUGGAUUCCAAACAAAACAUCCACAAAAGCUUUUGGCUUAUAACACCUGUUGCAUGCAUUGCCAUAAAACUUUGAAAGCUCUGUAAACAGCUGGCCCAUCCACAGGCGCAGACAUUGGACAGAUGGUUUCUUUGUAAUAAAAUGUUUUGUUGAUAUGAAAUCAGUCUAUUGCGGGAGUCAGAAGCAUACGGUUCAAACUGAUACAUUAAACGGAGGACCAUAAGGAAUAUUUCAAAAAGGAUAAAAUUUAAACUGGCGCCCAUUUAAAAUUCUUUGAAUAGAUGCAUUUCUUUUGAAACAAAUACACAAGAAACAAAAAAGGAAUAAUAAUAAUCAUGAUAUAAAAAAUAAUGAAGUGGGGGAAAAAGUGAAAGCAAAGAAUGGAUGAAAUGAAAUGUUAAGGAGGCAUGUAAUUGAUAUGCAAUGAUAAUAAUGAUGAUAAUGAUAAAGUGAAUUUAGUUUAAUGGAAUUUCAAAUGAAGAUAUAACAAUUCCAAAAGGAUAAUAAUAAUGAGGCUGGAUCUCACUAAGUGAAGUCUCUUAAAAAAUAAAUGAAAUUGUUAAAAAAAUGAAAAUAGAUGAAUAUGAAAACGAAUGCAAAUUAUUAAAAAUGAAAUCUGUUAUGAGUGAAAAGUUGUUGCUGCUAUUGUUGUUGCAUUCUACAUUAGCAAAUUAAAAAGAAAAACGUUGAAAUUUCGUCUGCUACAUUUGCCAUCAUCAUUAAGGAUAAGAAUAAAUUUCCCAACAGACUAGGACGGAUUAAGCAACAGAAAAAGAUUCCCCAGGCAGUAACAGAAAACCACCGAUAAAAACGAACAACAACAACAACACAACACACUGAACAUGCAACACUUACAACGAAUACUCCCACACGCAAAGAAUUGGCAUUCAAUGGUUUUGAGUCACUCGCCCACAAUGACAAGUCUGUCACCAUCAUCGACACUGCAACUGGUACCCAACGAAACGGUGGCAUUUCAAAUAUCGACACUUUAAACCAUUUAUUUGCCUACGAGGCCACAAUACAAAUACCACGACACAAUUCCAUAGACGACGAAAUAACCAAAAAAAAGAAAAAAAAAAACGAAAACAAAAACAAACAAUGAAUGACAACAACAAUUCAUUACAAACAACGGCCGACAUGGCCACAAUGACCAUUGCCGGUCAAACACGGCUGCAUCAGAAUGCCAAUCCUCUGCAAAGGAUGGUGGCUUCGAGUGACACUCGAGCUGCUGUUGCUUCGGCUUCGGCUCCGUCACCGGCUGUCGAUGAUUUAACCCUAACCACGGAACUACAUUUAUCAUCGGCCGAAUUCGAUGAGAUCAAUCAAAGUGCCGAGCUACAGUGUCUGCUGCAGGAACACACCGAUACAACGACCUUUGGCAAUGCGAGUGGCUAUUGCCUAACAAAUUUCGAUUCAAUACUGUGUUGGCCACGUACACCACGGGCCACACUGGCAGCCCUGCCGUGUCUCGAUGAAUUCCAGGGUAUACAAUAUGAUAGUUCACAAAAUGCCACCCGCUUUUGCCAUGCCAAUGGAACCUGGGAUCAGUACACGAACUACGAUGCCUGCAUGCAUAUAACGGAACCUGCCACUGUCUCAGAAUUCGAACCGAUAAUCGAGUUGCCAACAAUAAUCUACUAUGUUGGCUAUACCAUAUCGCUGGUAUCGCUGACCUUGGCCCUUAUGGUUUUUGCCUAUUUCAAGGAACUGCGUUGCUUGCGCAACUCCAUCCAUGCGAAUUUAUUCUUCACCUACAUCAUGUCUGGUCUACUCUGGAUACUUACACUCUCUGUACAGAUUUCCCUGCAUACCGGCAUGUCAGGCUGUAUUGUCCUGGUGACAUUAUUUCAUUUCUUUACGCUGACAAAUUUCUUCUGGAUGUUGGUGGAAGGCUUGUAUCUCUACAUUCUGGUAGUGAAAACAUUCUCCGGGGAUAAUACACGAUUUACGGUGUACGCGACCAUUGGCUGGGGAGGUCCUGCUGUGUUUGUUGUCAUUUGGGCCAUUGCCAAAGGCCUGACAAUGUCAUCUGCCACAAAUGACCAGAUCGAAAUCGAAGGCUGCCCCUGGAUGCAGGAGACCAAUGUCGAUUGGAUAUUCCAGGGACCGGUGUGUGCGGUUUUAAUAAUUAAUUUAAUAUUUCUGCUGCGAAUAAUGUGGGUGUUGAUAACCAAACUUCGCUCGGCCAAUACCCUGGAAACACGCCAAUACCGCAAAGCUGCCAAGGCACUGCUGGUUCUAAUACCCCUGUUUGGCAUUACCUAUUUGGUGGUACUGGCCGGACCCUCGGAGGGUGGGGUCAUGAGUCACAUGUUUGCCAUUGUCAGGGCCGUGCUGUUAAGCACUCAGGGGUUUUCGGUUUCGCUGUUCUAUUGUUUCCUCAAUUCGGAAGUUCGCAAUGCUCUGCGGCAUCACAUCUCCACAUGGCAGGAUGAACGCAACAUACGCCUGAACCAGUCCAGAAGGUAUGUUUCCAAAGGCUUUUCCAAAGAUACUUCACCGCGUACCGAGUGCACCAGGCCGCUGACAGCCUACUAUGGCAAGGGUAAACGGGAGUCGUGUGUUUCGUCGACCACGACCACUACAAUAAUUGGUCAACAUCAUUCAAUGUCGCUGCAACGGGGAAUGGGUGGAUGUGGCAGCAGUGCGGGUGCCGGUGGUUGUGGCCCAGGAGGUGCUGGUGGAGCAGGAGGUUCCAAUGGGGCUUUGCAUAUGAUGCCAACAGCCACCACAUUAACGCUGAUGCCCAGGGCUGUGAGUCCUUUGAUGAAGGAUCUGGAAGAAAAUUCGGUGUAAAUUAUUUUGUAUACACAAUAAAAAAACACAUACAUAAUAGCUGAAGGCGGAUGUACCUGAUGUUGUUGCAUCAUCAUCAUUAUACUCACCAAAACAAACCCUCCAAACAAGAAAACCUAUUUUUUGUCGAAAGAAACCCAAAAAAUAAAAAAAAAAAAUACAAACUGUUAAAUAGCAAUACCUAACCUUGAAAAAUAUUUUUGUGGUUGGGACGAUGAAAAAGUAAAGCAACCGAGAAGCAAACUCAAACCACUCUCAAAAAAGAAAAACAAAACAUGAAAGGUAUAGACCAACAAAAAAAUGUUUAUAAAUAUAAGCUUAAUGUAAAUAUAUUAUAAUCUAGAUUUACACACACACAUACAUACAGAUAUUUGUAGAACAAUAACGUUUAAUUUGUUUUUGUUUUUGAAAAUCCAAAGUAGAAUCAAAUUCGCAAGGCACUUUGUACAAAGUUUAUAAAUGCACCAAAUUAAAACGAAAUAAUAGAAGAAGAAGAAGAAGAAGAAGAAAAGGAUACGACAACAUCAGCAACAAAAAACAACAAAAACAAUAUUUUAACAACGUAAAUUUUAAUUCCCCAAAUCAGAUGAUGUAGUUGGAAACCAUGUUCUUUUUUUGUGGAAUUGUGAAUAAGUUUUAGUUCCGAGUCUUCCUUUCUUUUUUACGAGAAAUAAAAAGAAAACAGAAACAUUUCCUGAGGCCAUGCAAAAUCUUGUUUAAUUCUUGUACAUAUUUUGCUGAGCAAAAUACAGUGGGAUAUUGCCGAUGACGAGCCUUCAUUCAGCUAAUAAUGAAAGCUUUUAUUUUCAUUAUUAGUACGUCGUGCGACAAUAUUCAAUUUUUUCUAUAUUUCUAUAUAAAAUCCAGCGGAUUAUGAAAGUAGAGCUUAGAAAAAGAACACACGGCUUAUCGGCCUUUUGAAAGUUCACAUCGCAAAGUAACCUAAAUUGAGGUGGCAAGUUCAACCCUCCUCCACACUUUUGGAAAUUUUCAGAUUAAGAUUCCUCGGAAUCCGUUCGUUUUAGGUACAUAGUGUCUUCAGCAAUUUAGCAGAUAAAAAUACGAGGAAUAUUUUGGUAGAAAACAUUAACCCUCAAGCGAGUCAAUAAAUGCGACUUUUUGGUUCUUUUUUGAAAAUAUUGUUAAAAAGUCAUUUCUCGAAAUCCAUGCAUUUUAGGUGUAUAGUGUCUUCAGCAAUGUUGCAGAUAAAAAUAUGAGGAAUAUUUUCUUGGACAAUUUUAAUCCUCAAUCGAGCCAACAAAUGGAUCUUUUUAGUCCUUUUUUGAAAAUAUGGCAUAAAUCUCCAUUUAAACGGGAUCAUGGCAAGUCAAAAUAUUCUACAAAAUUAUUCGCCAUAAAAUUCCACUAUGGGUUCUAGAAGACGUUAAGUGUCUAAAUCUUCUCUAAAUAAAAAAUUGAAAUAUAUAAAAAAAAUGUAAGAGUCAACACCGUACUUGAUGGGAGUUAAUGCAAAAAUCUCCAAUAAAGCAUAGCCGUGGAAGGAUGAUGUCAAAGACAAAAAUAUUCUUCAGCAAAUUUUACUAUAAGUCUCCAAAGGAAAGAAAUCUCUAUUUCAACUUCAUA